AUGGCUCUCAACAAUUUCUUCUGCGUAUACAUCCUCGCACUCUUGUCUAUAGCCAUCGCGAGCCCUCUCUUGGAGGAGCGUGAUGCAUGGAGCGACUCCGUCCUCGCGAGCCAUAACGCUGCUCGGGUUAAAUAUGGCGCGAAUCCGUUGACCUGGGACUCUGCUCUCUACACGUCUACACUUCAGUGGGCUCAAGGCUGCAAGUUCACGCACAGCUCUGGCCAAUACGGCGAGAACCUCUAUGCUAGUACUGGCACCAAUAUUGGCGUUGAACCAGCAGUGAACUCCUGGAUGUCGGAAGCAUCGAAGUACAACUACAACAACCCAGGCUUCUCGUCUACGACAGGACACUUCACACAGGUCGUCUGGAAGAGCACCACGAAAGUGGCAUGCGCCAGGGCGACUUGCGCCUCUGGGACUAUUUUCUCCCAACCCAGCACCUACGUUGUGUGUCGCUACAACCCUCCUGGUAACUAUGCGGGCCAAUACGCGCAAAACGUGGGUGUCCCGGUAUAA